UCACCUGCUGUUCAUACGUCAUCCAAACGGAUCGCUCUGAUUGGCUAGCGGUCAUUCAAACCCCUCCCACCACAGCUCGGCUAACAGUCAGCAACAGCCUGCCACCAUCAGCAGGCAGAGCAGCGGGGUAAAAAUACUUAUCCAAGGAAGCGAGAGCCCGAAAAUGAGUCAGUACAAGGAGCGUUUCGUGGCUCUGCUCCACGAGAAGAACUUUGUGACAGAUCAGCUGGCUGUCCUAGAACAAAAAACGGGAGUGAAGAGGGAAUAUAUCGCCUCGGGUGGCCUGGGAUUAGUCGGACUGUACCUUCUCUUUGGAUAUGGAGCCUCGCUGCUCUGCAACCUGAUUGGCUUCAUUUAUCCUGCUUAUUUCUCCAUCAAGGCCAUCGAGAGCAACGUGAAGGAGGACGACACCCAGUGGCUCACCUACUGGGUGGUGUACGGCCUCUUCAGCAUCGCAGAGUCCUUUUCUGACAUCUUCCUGUCCUGGUUCCCAUUUUACUACGCUGGAAAGUGCCUGUUCCUGAUCUGGUGCAUGGCCCCUGUGAGCUGGAACGGCUCAGACAUCCUGUACAAACGUGCCAUUCGCCCCUUUUUCCUGAAGCACCAGGCCGCCAUGGACCGAGUGGUCAACGAUCUCACCAACAAAGCCAAGAACAUCACUGACACUGUAGCAAAGGAAGCUGUUAACAAGGCUCUAAACCAUGACAAAGACCAGUGAAGACGUCUGAGGAGUGUGAGUGCGAGAUAAAGUUUGUGUCUUUUCUUUUCUGUGAAGAUGGUGGAUUUCUGAGGCUUCACGGUCCUGAAAAUAAAGAAUAAAAACUGCUCAGCAACACCAUUUUACCUCUGUUGGUACUGGCAAUGACAAUUAAGUGAAAAUGUGACCUUUGUAUAGGAAUAACUUAUUUUUUUGGAAACACUAAUCAGGUACUUGAUAUUUUGAAUUUUCAGGUUUUCAACAAGCUGAGCCAAAAGUGACCCCAAAUGACACUUGAAUUGACAGGGUUGCCUUUAUUUUAACAUUUUUACCAUCUUUGUUAAAACAUUUUAACACUGCUGUGAAAUAGCCUUAUUAUUUCCAACUGUGCCAAGUAGCAUUGAAGGUCUGAGGGUUUAUGAAGGUUUCAUCUUUUAACUGGAAAGUCUAUGUCUUUUGUAUGUCUUAAUUUAUCGACUUAUUGUGCUAAUAAAAAUAACAAAACUGGAACUUGAAUAACUAAAGAA